AUGGAAGACGACGAAGAGAUACCACAACUCGUGGAUGCGGGUGGAGCGAACAUAGCGAGAGACGCGCAGCCUACGACGGUCCCUCUGACCAUUAUAUGCGGAUUUCUGGGGGCAGGAAAAUCCACUUUGGUUAAACGCAUCUUGUCCGAGCGACAUGGGUAUAAAAUUGCCGUAAUAAUGAAUGAAUUCGGUGAUACAGCGGACAUAGAAGCGAAAACCAUUAAUGUCACGUCUACUGGAGAUACUGCUCAGCAAUCUGAAGAGUUCCUUGAGCUUGCUAACGGCUGUUUAUGCUGUAGUAUCAAAGAUUCUGGCAUUGCGGCCAUUGAGAAACUUAUGCAGCGAAAAGGCGCCUUUGAUCAUAUUGUAUUAGAGACUACCGGACUUGCAGAUCCGGGUCCUAUUGCAUCGCUAUUUUGGCAAAACGAGGAAUAUGCAAUGGGUUUAGGCGAGGACAUCCAUCUCGACGGCGUAGUUUGUGUUGUUGAUGCCGUUUUUGGGAGACAGCAAAUGGAAGAGGAUCAUAUUGACGAUGGUAUAGGAGAAAGUUUGAGACAGAUAGCUGGCUCCGAUGUGAUAUUACUGAACAAGGUCGAUCUAGUUGGUGCGACCGAUAUCGAAGAGACGGAAGAGGUCAUUCGCAAGAUAAACCCUGCCGCAACGAUUUAUCAGACAGUCCAAGCAGGAAUCGAUCUGAAAAACAUUAUGGGAAUCAAUGCAUAUUCUUCACGCUUGAUAUCACAAGGCUCUGCGCCGUUGCACUUACACAUGCAUGGGGAUGAUCACAGCCAUAGCCAUGAAGAUCGUGGCCCAACCCAUUACGAGAUCCGGGGCAUAACCAGCAUGCAGAUUGUCUGCCCUCCUCUGGGCCCAUUACAAUUCGAAAACCUUGACGAAUGGAUUCGCACCGUAUUAUGGGAGAGCCGAGUUCCUGGGGAAAACGACAAUAGCUCAGAGCUCGAAAUUCUGCGCUGCAAAGGGCUAUUCGCCACCAAAGGAGGAGACUUAUAUGUGUUGCAAGGUGUGCGCAGCUUGUAUGAAAUUGUAAAAGUCGAGGGAGAGGGGGAAGAAGAAAGUACUGGGCUACCAGGUGUGGGCAAGAUCGUGUUCAUUGGGAAGGGUUUAGGUGAGAGAGUACGACGCAGCCUACAUGAAAUACUUCGGUCAUAG